AGCCAGACACGGCCUGUCCCACUCUACUGACUUGCUGGCUGUGGCUGCUCCCACCAACUGCAGACCAUCCCCGUCGGGAGCCUGAAAUAUCGAGCGCUGGAACAACUCGAGCCCAAGCUUUCAGAACCAGGAGUCUGGUGCUCUACCUGAGCUAUGGGACAGGCUUCAAGAUAUUCAAGGGUCGUGUCCUUCAAGUAACAAAAGAUUCUAUCCUAUUCAAUAGAUAGAGUACCACUUACUUCUACAUACCAGAUAUCAAAAUGGAAGAGGAUCCCAUCUUGGCCACCUUGAAGAUUCUCAUUAUUGGUGAAAGUGGUGCUGGAAAAUCCAGUCUGCUUCUGCGGUUCGUUGACAACACGUUUGAUCCCGAUCAGAGCGCCACCAUUGGAGUCGACUUCAAGGUCAAAACCAUCAACGUGGACGGCAACAAAGUCAAACUGGCGAUAUGGGACACAGCCGGCCAGGAGCGGUUUCGGACGCUGACGCCCAGCUACUACCGCGGCGCCCAGGGCGUCAUCCUCGUCUACGACGUCUGCAGCCGCGCCAGCUUCACCAAGCUGGACAUGUGGCUCAACGAGCUGCAGACCUACGCCAACCGCACCAACAUCGUCAAAAUGCUGGUCGGCAACAAAAUUGACAUGGAGAACCGCGCCGUAUCCCGACAGGAGGGCCUGGCGUUCGCACGCCGCCACCAGAUGCUCCACAUCGAGUCCAGCGCCAAGACCAAGGAGGGAGUCCAGCUGGCCUUCGAGGAGCUCGUCCAAAAGAUAAUCCAGACGCCCGGUCUGUGGGAGUCGGACGAGGCACGCCGCGACGGCCAGCUGCGGGUCGGUGACGGCGCCGACGCACACCAGGGAGCCUGCGGCGGCUACUGUGCGCUGACGUGAUGUGGCGACACUGUGACUACCUGCCGAUCGUGACCCGAGGUGACCUGUGGGCCAGCUGCCGAGCGUGACCCGAGGUGACCUGUGGGCCAGCUGCCGAGCGUGACCCGAGGUGACAAAGGAGCCAAACGAGUGACCUGCGACGGCCCUGGACAUGAGAGAAUGACCUACGCUGGCCUGGGACAUUGGCGAGUGUUCUUCGUUUGCCUUGGACCUGGGAGAGACCUGCCUGAGAGAGACCUUGAUGAUCACGGGUCUGGGACGGCUAUUACUAGCCUGGAAACCGCGCUAGUGGUUCAUCUGUAACCGAUAACUGGCUACACACUGCUGACUUGUGUCAGUUGUGACCACAACACUAUCACACGGGUAUCCGUGACACGACUUAUGAUUUGAGAGGUAGCACUGAGACGAUUCUGCGUGGUGGGUGUGUUUCGGGCGGCUUCUGGGGUGAUCUGGACUUGUGUCUCAGUCUGCCGUUCAUAAGUAAGAGACCCAACCGACCCCUUCGGUUAGCUGGGCCUCUCUAGGGACUCGUGACUGGGGAUAAGUGAUAAUUCUGUACGAACGAGUGUCGGUCUGGUAAAUGCCUGCAGCUGUGGGAUGAUUCAGUGUGUAUUUGCACGCUGUUCUGAGGAAGAUAUGGUUGAGUGUGGUGCCCGUCAGUGUAAACAGUGACUGGCUGGUGCUGGAGGAACCCGUGUGACCAGCACAAUGUGCUCCGUGAAACGACAGUAGAUAUGUGCUCGCGAUGGCCAGAGGACCACGACAGGUGUUCGCCGUGCUACGCCUGUUGUUAUAUUAACGGCUUUGCGGGGCUGAUAUAUUUUAGUCACCUAAAUAUAAGUGGUCAUGGGCCUAUCAAUUAUUUUAAUGAUUGGGGAUAUCUUGUACGGGGAGGUAUUUACAUAUGUAGUGAUCUGUCGGCCCGUUUGCCUUAGAAAUGCCCUCUUGGUCGUUGAGUUUGUGCUAGUCAGGCUAAGUUAUGUGAAAUAAAGGUAAAUUUUAAACCAGC